AUGGAAGUUGUACAGCCGGACCAAGACCCAGUUGCCGAACCAGGAGCGGAUGGAGAACUUGACCUGGCGCAUGAUGGCCGUCAGUCUGCGGAAGGAGAAGGAGAGAGAGCAGGCGCAGGCCAGCAGAGCGAGGAAGCCCAACGACCGCAGGAGACCUAUUCUGCCGGUGAGCCUAUGAACGUCGACCCGUUCGUGGCUCCGUCUUCCUCCAUCAGCUCGCCUUCGGGUUUCUCGCCCUCGAUGAGUGAAGGCCCCUCGUCCCAGCAUGCUGUGGCGUCGGCAAUUCCUAUCAGGAGCACAAAGGACGAGCAAGAGGACUCGCCCAUGGGCAUCAUCAUGCCCGCCUCGCUGCCUCAUCACCCGCAUGUCGGCACCCAGACCAGCGAGUUUGGCUACGUCCAGCGUAGGGUCAGGAAGACUAGCGUUGACGAACGGAUUGCCCGAAAACGACCGGCAGAGUCAUCACCACAUGUUCCUCCGGUACAUGGACUAAUCAUCUCUCACGACCCGGACCCUGAUACGGGCAUGACUGACUUCACUCUUGACCACCACCACGGCCACGGCCAAAGUCAUGGCCAUGGUCACGGUCACGGUCAUGGUCAUAGCCACGGCCAUGGGCAUAGUCACAGUUUUUCCCUCGGAAGCCAUCCACCUCAUUCUGCUCCAUUGAACCUGGAUACCUUCCAUGUUGACGACAUUACCAACACCCUGGACCAUCCGUCUUUUAGCACCAGCUUCCAGCUCUCCCCCACAGAAUUGUCUCAUAUGCAGAGUGGAGCGUUCUCCAAUCUGUACUCGCAUACCCCACUAGGCUCUUCAAUAAACUCCACCGAUUUCUUCCCGUCAACAGCCUCAGGCUAUCACUCCGCCGUCUCAACUCCUCAGCAGGGCUUCGAAAAGGACCAUUCUACCUCUUUCCAGCAUCCAGUAGGCUCAUUCCACUCACAUUCGCUCUCCAACCUUUCGGCACCUGCGACAUCCCGGUACAUGUACCACAAUUCCGGCAAUGACCACUCGUUCAACAUGGCUGGGAGUAGCGGAGCGUCUUCGGUAGUCAACUCGUCAGGAUUCGGUAUGCAGCAGCAGCAAGGGCAACAGCAACAAUAUACACCGUCUACCUGCCAGUCCAUGGCUGAUCCUUCUCGACCAUCGACGAGCCUCUCCUCUGCCAAGGGACAUGUAUUCAGCUUUGGCGGGGACUCAGAUAACGAGGAUGAUGCUGGAAAUGCUUUCCUUGACCGUAACAUGGACCUCUCGGCGGACUUCAGCAUGCUCGACGAUGCUGCAAUGAACUUUGGCUCCGGCAUGCAAUGGGACGGGAGCUAUACUGGCUCCAUUAAUUCCAUGCCGUCUGCCCAUAGCCAGCCGUCCAAGCCGCUAGCAAUAGGUGCAGCAGAUCUAGACGAGAGAAGCACUGACUGGACUCAGCUUGGAAGUCUAAACCGAACACACGGGUCAGCCGCGUCUGUAACCGAACUGCGUAACCGCGAUCCAGAUCCGAGAAGACAGAAGAUUCCUCGCACGAUAUCCACACCAAACGCUACCCAGCUCCUUCGACAAGGCGCCGCCGACAAUAUCAAUACCACCAACAGCACUAACAGCACCAACAAUAAUAGCAACACUAGCAACGCUGGCAAUGGUUUCAAAUCCCCGCACUCUCCCAGCUCCGGCCCUAACAGCAACACCCCCUCCCGGCCUGCAAGUCCUGGCCCUGGUGGCACGAAGAACGCCGAACCCGCUGGUACUACAACGUCGUGCUCCAAUUGUUUCACGCAAACUACUCCCCUCUGGCGUCGUAAUGCUGAAGGCCAAUUCCUAUGUAACGCUUGUGGUCUGUUCCUCAAACUUCACGGUGUCGUACGACCCCUCGCUCUCAAAACGGAUGUCAUCAAGAAACGCAAUCGUGGUGGAGGAAGCAACGUCGUUACUGGCUCUGGAGCCAGAGCGGGCAAGAAGACUUCCCGUAAAAACUCCACCAAUCAGACUUCUGUCGCUUCGGCCCCUAUCCCAACCAGGCCAUCGGCUUUGUCCCAGCCCCCAACACCUAUCUCUAGCACGCCUACCAGCACUGGAACCACGCCUACAUCUAGCUCUUCGUCUUCAAGAACUACCGUGCCCCAUCGCCGCGGCUCCCUCCAAGACAGGCCCUCCCUAUCGCUUCGCCAAGCAGCAGCGUCAAUGUUAUCCCUACCACAGCCUCAGGUACGCCAUCCAGACUCAUCCCGGGUCGACCACGCUGCCUCGAUAAAAGUUCAGUCUCAGGCAUGCAGACAAAGAGUGACCCAGGCACCACACCAACAGCCUCGUCAACCCCCUGCAGCGUUCAACCCAGCUCACCACAGUCUGGCAGCAGGUGCAACGAGAACCAACAGCCAGGAAUGGGAAUGGUUGACGAUGAGCUUGUAG